ACGUCGGAGGGCACCCUCCCUUUCCCUCCCCCCAUCCCAAUCCCGUCCCAUGCCCCACGCUCCACGCCCAGAUCAAAUGGACCACACGGCCUCCUCCAAGCGCCCCAAGUUUUCCUCCUCCUCCGCAACUGCCGCCGCCGGGAACCACCACCGACUCCUCCUCCGAGAAGGACAAGAAGAAGUAGAAGAAGAAGAGCAGCAGAACCUGCUGCCCGGGCUGCCCGACCACCUGGCCCAGCUGUGCCUGGCUCUCGUCCCGCCGCCCCUCCUCUACUCCGUCUGCCGCUCCUGGCGCCGCCUCCUCUACUCCCCGUUCUUCCCUCCCUUCCUCGCCCUCUACGCCCUCCUCUCCUCCUCCGACUCCGACGACGAUUCCGACAUCGCCUUCUACUGCUACGACCCCCUCGCCGCCGCCUGGUCCCAGCUCCCGCCCCCUCCGCCGCACCCCCGACUCCUCCUCCACCACCCUUCCUUCAUCGCCCGCAGCCUCCCCGUCCAGUCCGUCGCCGCCGCCGGCCAUCUCGUCCUGCUUGCCGCCUCCACCCCCUCCCUCCUCCCUGCCCUCCCCCGCCCUCUCGUCUUCCACCCCCCUUCCGCCCGCUGGCGCCUCGGCCCCUUCCCCUGCCCCCGCCGCUGGUGUGCCGCCGGCGCCGCCGCCGGGGUCGUCUACCUCGCCAGCGGUGUCGGCCCCGAGUACAAGGCCGACGUCGCCCGUUCCGCCGCCCGCUGGGACCCCCGCCUCGGCCCCUCCGCCUCGGCCUUCUGGGAACCGGUGGCGCCGCUCCGCCACGGCGGCCGCUUCAGCCGGGAGGCCGUUGAGGCGGUGGCCGCUCGGGGAAAGCUGUGCAUGGUCAACAUGCGAUGCCGCGGUGCCAAGGAGGGCACCGUCUACGACGUCCGCUCCGACCGCUGGGAGGACAUGCCGCCCGCCCUCCUCGCCGGCUGGACCGGCCCGGCGGCGUCAACGGACGACAACGGCAGCUCCAUCUACGUGGUGGACGAGGGGAGCGGCGCCCUGAGGGAGUACGACUGGGAUGGGGAGCGGUGGCGGGUGGUGGUGCCGGAGUCGGGGAGGCUGAAGGGGGCGGUGCAGAUGGCGGCCGGAGGGGGGAGGGUGUGCUUGGUCAACGGCGGGGGCGCCGGCGUGGUGGUGGUGGACGUGGCGGCGAGUUCCGGGCGGAUGUGGGUGGUGGAGCCGCCCCGGGGGAAGCGGGUCGUCGCCCUCCACGUCCUGCCCCGGAUGACCCGGGCCGAAUCCUGAUCGUUCCCCUCCAGAUCUACGGCACGUGAGCCAGCUUGCGGACGGAGCAAAAGACAAAUAAGCUCUUUUAUGACUUGACUCCCGGGAGUCUUACUCCUUUUUAUUUCCUCACGCGUGUACACGCGUUUUAUUUCCUUGUUUUUCCCUCGGAAGGAGCAACAAGGAAGGUCUUAUAUGUGAUUGUAUGUUUGGAAAUUUCCUAUUGGAUUUGGCUUUAAUAAGCAUCACAAGAUCCUUAUCAG